AUGAGGACGCUACUGACCAUCCUGGCCGCGGGAUCUCUGGCAGCUCACAUUGCUGAGGACACCUCGGAUCUUCUUCAGCACGUAAAAUUCCAGUCCAGCAACUUCGAAAACAUCCUGACGUGGGACAGCGGGCCGGACAGCGCCUCAGACGUGGUCUACAGCGUCGAGUAUAAAAGGUACGGAGAGAGAGAAUGGCUGGCGAAGGAGGGCUGCCAGCGGAUCACCUGGAAAUCCUGCAACCUGACCACGGAGACGGGCAACCUCACGGAGCUCUAUUACGCCCGUGUAACUGCCCUCAGUGCGGGAGGCCAGUCAGCCACCAAGAUGACCGACCGGUUCAGCUCACUGCAACACACUACCAUCAAACCACCCGAUGUGACCUGUAUCCCCAAGGUGAGAUCCAUCCAGAUGAUCGUCCAUCCCACCUCCACGCCUGUCCGUGCAGGGGAUGGCCACCGGCUUACCCUGGAGGAUGUCUUCCCUGACCUAUUCUACCGCUUAGAGCUCCAGGUCAACCACACCUACCAAAUGCACCUUGGAGGGAAGCAGAGAGACUACGAGUUCAUUGGCCUGACCCCUGACACAGAGUUCCUUGGGACCAUCAUGAUUUUUGUUCCAACCUGGUCCAAAGAGAGCGCCCCCUACGUGUGCCGAGUGAAGACGCUGCCAGAUCGGACGUGGACAUACUCCUUCUCAGGUGCCUUCCUGUUCUCCAUGGGCUUCCUCGUCGCCGGGCUCUGCUACCUCAGCUACAGAUACGUCACCAAGCCGCCGCCGCCUCCCAACUCCCUGAAUGUCCAGCGAGUACUGACCUUCCAGCCUCUGAGGUUCAUCCAGGAGCACGUGCUGAUCCCCGUCUUUGACCUGAGCAGCCCCAGCAGUCUGGCCCAGCCCGUCCAGUACUCCCAAGUCAAGGUCUCCGGGCCCAGGGAGCCCCCGGAAGCCCCACCACUGCACAGCCUAUCUGAGAUCGCCUAUCUCGGGCAGCCAGACAUCUCCAUCCUCCGGCCCUCUGGAGUGCCACCUCACCAGACACUCUCUCCACUGUCCUACACACCCCAGGCUGCCCCCGAAGUCAGGCCCCCCUCCUAUCCACCUCAGGUAACCCCCGAAGCUAAACCUCCAUUCUACACUGCACAGGCCAUGUCUGAGGUCCAGCCUUCCUCCUAUGCCCCUCAGACCACUCCAGACUGCUGGCCUUCCUAUGGGACCUGUGGGGAAGGCUCUGGCAAAGACUCCCCACCUGUGACACUCUCCAGUCCCAAACACCUCAGGACUAAAGGUCAGCUCCAGAAAAAGGCACCAGCUGGAACCUGUAUCCCAGAUGGCCUUUCUCUGCAAGGGGUGACAUCCUUGAAUAUGGAGGACCCCCAAGAAGCACAUUUCUUCCAGCAGCAUCUGGGAGUUCACACGGACAGAGUACCUGACCCCAGUGUGCUACACAGAGGGGAAGCAGGGACACCAUCGUACCUAAAGGGUCAGCUCCCCCUCCUCUCUUCUGUCCAGAUCAAGGGCCACCCGGUAUCCCUCCCUUUGCACACUCCUUCCCUCUCAUGUUCCCCCACAGACCAAGAACCAAAUCCCUGGGGCCUCUUGGAGUCCCUCGUGUGUCCCAGGGAUGAGGGUUCCAUGUCUGAGAUGGAGGCCCUGAGCCCAGCCUCUCAGGCCUCAGACCUGGAGCAGCCCACAGAACUUGACUCUCUGUUCAGAGGCCUGGCCCUGAUCGUGCAGUGGGAGGCCUGAGCAGAGAACAGGGCAAGCCUGGGGCUUCCUCCUCGUCCCCACCCAAGCUCACAUCAUUGGCCAUCGCUCCCACACCCAACCUUGCUGCAUGCUCUGCAGCCCCGCCUCAGGGAAGUUCCCUUGAAAGAACCAAAGGAAAGAGGGACUGGGGCGGGGUGGGGGGGGGCCUGCCACGGCUGAGCU